AAGAACUAAAAGAAACAGACAAACAAAUAAAUUCGGGUCGAACAAAUGGGUGACGUACGAGGACUAGCCGAUGGUUGCACUAUUCCCUUGGUUGAAGAAGAAAUCGAAGAAAACUAUGGAUAUGCUUUUCAGAUAGCUCAAUCGAUGGCGCUUCCUAUGGUUAUGCAUACCAUCGUUGAGCUUGAUGUCCUCGGAAUCAUUGCAAGGGGUGGUCCUGGCUGUGAGCUCCUAGCAUCGGAGAUCGUGGCAAGUUUGCCGGAAGUUCGAAACCCUAGUGCUGCAUCUAUGUUGGAUAGGAUGUUGUGGCUCCUUGCGACGUACAAAGUUGUUACUUGCUCAAUUGUUAAAUCUGAAGAUGGUGGUGUCAAGAGGAAAUAUGGGUUAGCACCAGUUGCUAAGUACUUUGUUCCUAAUGAAGAUGGUGUAUCAUUGGCUCCUCUAAUGAGCUUGAAUCAAGAUACCAUUUUUGUUAAUAGUUGGUGCAAGUUGAAGGAGGCAGUGUUAGAAGGAGGGAUCCCAUUUAACAUGAUACAUGGAAUGCAUGCAUUCGAGUAUCCUAGCGUAGAUCCAAAGUUUAAUGAGAUCUUCAACAAGGCAAUGUAUCAUCAAUCCACAUAUAUCAUCAAGAAGGUCCUGACAGAAUACAAGGGUUUUACAAACAUCAAACAACUCGUUGAUGUAGGUGGAGGUUUAGGGCAUACUCUUCGCAUCAUUACAUCAAAACAUCCUAACAUACAAGGGGUUAACUUUGACCUAUCUCAUGUCAUCGAACAGGCACCUACAUAUCCUGGAAUUGAGCAUGUUAGCGGAGAUAUGUUUGAAAGUGUACCUAAAGGAGAUGCCAUCGUAAUGAAGUGGAUACUUCAUGAUUGGAACGAUGAAUGUUGCUUGAAAUUGUUGAAGAACUGCUACAAAGCUUUGCCUGAAAAUGGAAAGGUCAUUAUCAUAGAGGCCACCAUGGCAGAUGAGUCAUCAGAGAUGACAUGUAUUUCAAGAGCCAUCAGCCAAUUAGAUGUAAGCAUGAUGACACAAAAUCCAGGUGGAAAGGAGAGAACUAAGAGAGAAUUUGAGGAAUUAGCUAAGGCAGCUGGAUUUGCUGGUGUCAAGUUCGAAUCCUACAUCUUGCCAUUUUGGGUUAUGGAAUUUUAUAAAUGACUUCGAGUAUAAACUUAAAUUUCAGACUUUCAUUCUGUUUAUUGCGACUAUGAAAAUAAGAACAUAAUGAACUUGUCAUGGAAGAUUAUGUUGUCAUUCUAUAUUAUGAAGCUACACAUAAAUGUAAAGGGACUCUUGUAAAAUUUGAUCCACAGACGUUGUGGUAAUUGUGAAAUACAAAUGUUUAAUAUUA